ACUGAGGAAUAAGGAACAAGUUUUUCAGUAAAAAAAGAACCCUUCAGACUAUGCCAUUAGAAUUGCUGCUAAUUGUACUCUCUUCUCUUCUCUUGGCUGGAUAUGAAAAAGAGGGCAGUCCACGUGGCAGCUCACAACACAAUCACACACACUCCUUUCUCUUUCAAAAAAAUUAGGUCUUUUUUUGUUUCUUUCCCUUCUUCCCAAACUCCUAAUUUUUUUUCGCAUAUCGCUCCACCACUUGUUUUGCCACCUACCUGUUAUCUUCUUCACUCUAAUCCUUCUUUGCAUUUUCACUCUCAAUCUCACUUCUUUCACACACACACACACAGAGUAGCAACUUCAAAUCAAAAUGGCAGUGGCAGCGCAAGCCAUGGCCCAAUUCCGUUUCUCUCCUCUCUCUUCUCAUCACCGCUACCAUUACCAUUACAAUUAUCGGUACACCCAUUCCUUCCCGUCUCCGCGCCACCCCCGCAGCGAAAGGCUCCACCUUUCGUUCUCCGGCGGCGACAACGGCGGCGGAGUCAGAGGGGGCAGCGGCGGGGGUGGAGGCGGAGACUCCGACGGCGAAAGCGUGGGAUUGGGGUUUUUGGGGCUGUUUUUAAACGGAUGGAGAUCGAGGGUGGCGGCGGACCCACAAUUCCCUUUCAAGGUUUUGAUGGAGGAGUUGGUGGGUGUGAGUGCGGCGGUUGCCGGCGACAUGGCCACUCGCCCCAACUUCGGACUCAACGAACUGGACUUCGUGUUCUCCACUCUGGUUGUGGGGUCCAUUCUGAAUUUCAUUCUGAUGUACCUCUUGGCGCCAACCUUGUCCUCGUCUUCCACCCUUCCUUGGUUGUUUGCCACGUGUCCUAGCAGCCACAUGUUCGAACCUGGUCCCUACGGAGUAGUGGAGCGGUGUGGGACUCUGGUGUACAAAGGAGGAUUGUUUGCGCUGGUGGGCCUGGCUGCUGGCCUUGCCGGGACCGCCAUUUCGAACGGACUGAUCGCGGUGAGGAAGAGGGUGGACCCCACGUUCGAGUCCCCGAACAAGGCCCCCCCUACCCUUCUCAAUGCGCUUACCUGGGCGGCGCACAUGGGUGUGAGCAGCAAUUUAAGGUACCAGUGUCUUAAUGGCUUCGAGUUUCUGUUGGAGAAGUGCGUUCCUCCUUUGGUGUUCAAAUCCUCUGUUUUGGCUCUCAGACUGGCCAACAAUGUUGUCGGAGGGAUGACCUUUGUCAUGUUGGCAAGGUUCACAGGUUCUCAGGCUCUUUCUGUUCCUCAACCCAAAUAGGAUCUUCACCACAACUCAUUAUCAUCACUUUCUUUUUCUUUUUAACUUGAGUGCUUAUAAUUACCUGCUACUUGCUUCGGCUUUAGGAUCGAAUCAUCAAGACUUGCCAUCUUUGCCUCAGAGAACAAUAACAUGCUCUGUUUAUCAUUA